AUGGCCGACAAGGAGGCGUCAGUCUACAUCGUCGACCUUGGCUUGUCCAUGGCCAACUGCCACAACGGCCGCGCCGAGCCGGACCUGGACUGGAGCAUGCGCUAUGUCUGGGACAAGAUCUCAACCACGGUCGCGGCCUCGCGCAAGACAUGGACCGUCGGCGUCGUUGGUCUCAAGACGGACGAGACGCGGAACGCCAUGCAAGACGACGAAGGGUACGAGAACAUCUCCGUCUUGCAGGAGCUCGGUCCCAUGACUAUGACAUCGCUGCGGGAACUCAAGGAAGCGAUCAAACCAAGUGAAACGGCGAAUGGGGAUGCCGUCUCCGCCGUUGUCAUCGCUGUGGACAUGAUUGAGGCUUUCACCAAGAAGCUCAAGUACAAGAGGCGCAUCUAUCUUGUCACUGACGGGUUGGCUCCAAUCGAUGGUGACGAUGUCGACGCGAUUGCGAAGAAAAUUAAUCAAGACGGGAUUGAACUGAUUGUCUUGGGCGUGGACUUUGACGACGCAGACUACGGCUUCAAGGAGGAAGACAAACCAUCCAUCAAAAAAAAGAAUGAGGGUAUUCUCAUGGACUUAGUCUCGAAAUGCGACAACGCCCAGUUUGCAACUAUCGCGGAAGCCAUCGACGAGCUCGACACCCCGCGCCUCAAGCCCGUCAGGCCCUACAAGACCUACGACGGGCCCCUGACGCUCGGCCUCGCCGACCCGCCCCCGGAGCUCAAGAUCCCGCCCACGCCCGUCGUCAUCAACGUCGAGCGCUACUUCAAGACCAAGCAGGCCAAGCCCCCGACGGCCUCCACGGUCGUCGUGUCGGCGGCGGGCCAGGACGCCGCGUCGCAGUCGAUGCAGACGGCCGAAGGCGACCCCAUGGAGGGCGUCGAGUCGAUUGCAGGCUUCGCGGCGGUCAAGUCCGCGAGGACGUACAAGAUCAACGACCCGGACGCGCCGGGAGGUAAGCGCGACGUCGAGUUCGAGUCGUUAGCCAAGGGGUACGAGUACGGACGUACGGCAGUGGCCAUUAGUGAGUCAGAAUGGAACGUCACAAAGCUCAAGACUGUCAAGAGCUUCAGUAUCAUCGGCUUCAUCCCAUGUGAAAAGUACGAGCCGUUCCUCAACAUGGGCGAGACCUGCGUGACUGUCGGCCGCAAGUUUGACGAAAAGUCGCAGCUCGCCCUCUCCUCCCUCAUACACGCUCUCUACGAGCUCGAGUCCUACGCUGUCGCCCGUCUCGUGGUCAAGGACAACAAGGACCCCGUCCUGGUCCUCCUCGCCCCGUGCAUCGAGCCGGACAUGGAAUGCCUCUACGACGUGCCCCUCCCCUUCGCCGAAGACGUGCGCGGGUACCAGUUCCCGCCCCUCGACCGGGUCAUCACCGUCAGCGGGCAGAAUAUCACGGCAGAUCACCGCCUGUUACCUGGUGACGAGCUUACCGAUGCGAUGAGCGAUUACGUCGACUCCAUGGACCUGAGCAGUUUCAGCGCUGACGAUGAAGGAAACCCAUCAGAGUACGCCGCCAUCGAGGAUACCUACAACCCCAUCAUCCACAGAAUCAACCAGGCCAUCCGCCAAAGGGCGGUCAACCCUGAGGGUGCCAUCGACCCUAUCCCUCCGAUACUCGUCCGCUACGCCGCGCCGCCUGCGGAUCUGGUCGAGAAGGCGAAAUCCCAAAUCGAAACCCUCAUCUCUGCGGCGCAAGUCAAGAAAGUUCCCCCGAAAGCAAAAGGCAAGCGCAAGUAUGAGGGCACGAAACCCCUGUCAGGCCUCGACGUCGACGCCCUCCUCGGCACGCAGCCCAAGCGCCCCAAGAUCUCGGCGGAAAACGCCAUCCCCGAGUUCAAGCGCGCCCUCGCCGUCGCCGAAGAAGUCGAUGCGAUCCGCGACGCCGCACGCCAGAUGGGCGAUAUUGUCGCUCAGCUCAUCACCGACAGCUUCGGCGACGCAAACUACGCCCGCGCCACCGAGAACCUCAGCGUCCUACGCGGUGGCCUCGUCGACCUCGAGGAGCCGGGGAUUUACAACGACGUCAUCAAGGGCCUCAAGACCAAGGUGCUCUCGGGGGAGCUGGGCGGCGACCGGCGCGAGAUGUGGUGGAAGAUCCGGACGUCGAGGCUGGGGCUCAUUGACCAAGCGACAUCUGAGGUGUCGGUUGUCACGAGUGAGCAGGCUGAUGAGGUGUGUUUUUUUUUUCGUCCUUGA